UCAACAGAAGCGUGAAAACUUUUUUCCGAUGCAAAUAGUGGAGGGUUUCUGUUUGUAGCUAAAAAUUUUCAGUAAAAAUCCAAAAUUUUCAGUGAAAAAAUCGAAAAAUGUUCAAAAACACUUUCCAGUCUGGUUUCCUGUCGAUUCUUUACAGUAUCGGCAGUAAACCACUACAGAUUUGGGACAAAAAAGUACGCAACGGACACAUCAAGCGCAUCACCGAUCAGGACAUUCAGUCGCUGGUGUUGGAAAUCAUUGGAACCAAUGUCAGCACAACAUACAUUACUUGCCCGGCAGACCCGAAAAAGACACUCGGAAUCAAACUCCCGUUUCUAGUGAUGAUAAUAAAGAACCUGAAAAAAUAUUUCACCUUCGAAGUACAGGUUUUAGACGAUAAAAACGUGAGACGGCGUUUCAGGGCCAGCAACUAUCAAUCGACUACGCGAGUCAAGCCAUUCAUCUGCACCAUGCCCAUGCGACUGGAUGAAGGCUGGAAUCAGAUUCAGUUCAAUCUGUCCGAUUUUACCCGCCGAGCCUACGGAACCAACUACGUUGAGACGCUACGAGUUCAAAUUCACGCCAACUGUAGGAUACGACGCGUGUACUUUUCCGAUCGACUCUACUCCGAGGAUGAGCUGCCAGCGGAAUUCAAACUGUUCCUACCCAUUCAGAAGCCUCAGUCAAAGGCGAUUGCACAGCAAGCAUGUUAACCCUUGUGUUGUCGAAAUCGGAUGAGACGAGAAGAUAAGACUUCUAUCAAAUUUCACGGAAAAAAUUUCUAAAUUUUAACUGCACCUUUACAAUAUCUACUCUUUUACUUACACCUGUGACUCUCAUAUAGAUAUCAACAAGCAGAAUAAACAAGUGUCCUUAAUAAAAUGGAGCACACCGUGGCAUUAACCCGGCGACAAGUCAAGCAAUUGCAACCGAAGGGUAUCGUUCACAAAAAUGUACCAUUUUUAUCCACUCAUCGACAAAUCCACGCGCAUUUGCAUCUGACGUCGAUAUUUAAUUGCUUCGGAUCAUACAUCUUUUCAAUAAUAAUAAUUGUGGUAGAAAACGAUUGAAUGGGAAGAUCGUUAUCGUCCACUAAUCAAUAUGAUCGUUAUUGGUAACUACCGUGAUCACCCAUAUAACCAUUAAUAGGGUAUAUAUGAGGAAAUGAAAUAAAAAGUGUGUAAAUAUCCAA